AUGUUACUUAUACAGAAUGGAAUGGACAGUCAAGCCAUAGAGAGGGUGAAGGAUCUCACUGAGGAGGUUAUCAAAUGGAACCACCUGGAGGAAAAGAUUAUAAUGCAGAGAUCAAAAAUCGAUUGGUUAAAGAUGGGUGAUGAGAAUAGUACAUUUUUUUAUGCCUAUCUCAAAACCAAACAGAAAACCAAGAGUAUUAUAAUGCUGAGGAAGAAUGAUGGAACAGUCAUAACAAAGCAAAAAUAUAUUGAACAGGAGAUUCUUGAGUUCUACAGGAGCCUUAUGGGGACUGAUAGCCCUAACCUAGUCCAUAUUAAUGUAGAAGCAAUGAGGAAGGGGAAGCAGGUUAAUUGGGAGCAGAGAGUUUAUCUUCAAAGCAAUGUGACACUGUCUGAAAUUGAAACUGCUCUCAAAGGCAUUGGUGAUCUUAAGAGUCUAGGUGUCGAUGGAUAUGGAGCAAAGUUUUAUAAGUCUAGUUGGAAUAUCAUAAAAGAGGAUGUGAUCUCAGCCAUACAAGAGUUCUUUAGUCAGGGGAAGAUGCAUAGUAACUUCAACAAAACAGUGGUGACCCUUAAUAAUUGCAAGGAUUCUCACUGCUAG